GUUUAGAAUUGUAAUUGAUUUAUGGCCUCGUGAUGAUUGAUGGAGUUGAUGAUUAGGAUAACGCGGGGGGCAUGCACAGGGCUCUCAGGGGGCGUGGGGCAUGCAGGAGGGGGCAGGCAUGCAGCAGGGGACUCCCGCCGCCCGCACUCGUGUCGGGGGCGGCAACAAAAUCACGAAGCCAAUGGAGAAAACAUUUCCACGAUUGCGGAUAAUACUGGUCGGCGUGGCAGGCAGGGCGGCGGGCCGGAGCUCCCAGGCUUAGAGCGCCCGCCUGCCUGCCUUCGCCGCCGCCACCACCAACAUCAGCUAGCAGUCGCACCCUCGCCCGCCACCGUUGCACACCACUCAGGCCUCACGACACUCACACACACGGCGCGUUGUGGGGCGGCUCAGCAAGCCCUCCGGUGCCCUCGCUCACACAGUGCAUCAAGUCCUGCUUCCCUGACAUAUGAACAUACAUGGAUGAGUUGGUUGUUGAGAAGCUGGGAAAGGCUGUCAAUGGUGGAGAGAAUGGGACGAGUGGUGCCCAUUCACAGACGGACCUGCUCAAGCUGUUGGCCGGGGGCAGUGCUGGGGGUCUCGGGGGUUGCCACGGGGGCCUAGGGGGUCUGGGGAGCCUGGCUGCUGCUGCACAGGCCAAACAGAACGGUAGCUUGAUGCGGCCCUAUGAGGCACUGUUGCAGGGUCCAUCUGCAGCAGGCAGAAUGGGCCCCCAGGCAGUAGCCAUGCCCGGCCCCACACGCAGACGCAAGAAGAAGAGGCGAAGGCAGCCUGACAUGCCCAAGAAGGCUUGCACACCCUUCAUGCAUUUCUGCGCCUACUUCAAACGGAAACUGAUGGAGGAGGGCAAGGAGUUCCCACAGUUUGCAGACUUUGGCAAGCGUGCUGGGGAGCUGUGGCGCAACAUGGGUGACACAGAGAAGCAGAAGUUUGUAGAACUUUCCGAGCAGGACCGACAGCGGUACAUCAAAGACAUGAAGGAGUACGAGGAGCGCAAGCUUGCCGAGAAGGAGCGGGAGCGGGAGUUGCAACAACAGCGAGAGAAGGAGCUGCAGGCCCUCCGGGAGAAGGAGCUGGAGAAGCUACAGAAGCAGCAGCGGGAGCAGAUGGAGCAUCAGCAGAAGCAGAUGGAGCAGCACCACAAACACCAACAGAGCACUGGCAUGCUCAACCUGCUGAACCCUCUCAACGCCCUCAACCCACUGAUGAUCGCGGCCAUGAAUCAGAGCAUCAUGCAGACCAUGCUCACCAACCCUGACCUCAUGAAGACCGUCUACUCAGAGGCUGCACGGAACUACUACGUGGAGACCAUGAAGAAUAUCUACCAGAGCGCCUCCAACCAGGCCAACGGCAACGUCGCCGCCGCUGCAGGCAUCCCUGUCAGCUCCCACGGGGGCCUCGGCGAGCACCACACCCUCACCUCCAGCCCGCUCAGCUCCCUGGGCAUGAACCUGAACCUGCUGUCCCUGCUGAACUCUGGCCAGCUGUCAGCAAUCCCCUCCUCCAUCACCACCACCACCACCACCACAGCUAGCUCCCCCCUAGCCAGCAAGGCCCCCUCCACCCUCAAGGCCCCCCCCUCAUCCCUCCUAAGCACCACCAACAGCCUGUCCGCGGCAGCUCUGGACCUCUCGGCAGCCAGGCCAGGCGAGGGCAAGGCUGGCUGUAGUAGCGAAGAAGAGGCGGCCAAGGACGCGGAUUGUGACAUCUGAGACACAACAAACCCAAAGUAGCAAAAAGUUCCUAUCUCCAGUCAUUAACUUCCCAAAUAUCAUUCAAACUGCACUUCAUAAAACACACAAGCAAGCAAACACAAGAACCAAGAGACCUAUACUUUGCCUCUAUGAGUGUAGUUUGUAAUGUGCAAAUCUUAGAGUGAGUUUAGCUUCUGUAGAACAUCUGUGUUGUUUCAGUAUACUAUUAUAAAAAGAUAAAUCAAGUACAAUUGCCUUUUGAAAAAGAAGAAAAAGCCAAGUGAAGUAUUAUUAUGCAUGCAAAUAAUUUUUAAUAUUAUAUAUACUAUAAAAAACUGUGUGAAUUCUUAAGAAGAAACUUAUAAACGUGAAGGUGUGGCUGUGAGGACGCCAUACUCUGGCCUCUCAAUAAGUACCGACCAACUCCUCCUCCUACAAGUCCAGACGGCCGGGCGGACAAGACGAGGGAGAGAGAGAGAGAGUGGCAAUUGCAGAAGCCAAGCAAGCGAGCAAGUAGGUGAGCAAGGAGGCAAGCACGCAGGCAAACAAGCAAGCAAGCACCAAGCAAAGCAAUGGAUGAAGUCGCCCCAAACACAAUGAACCUGCGAGAGUUUUGCUCGCAGGAGGGCGGCAUCACCCUGUACUACCAGCUGCUGAACCUGGCCGGCAGUGUGUACAUCUGGGUGGGCAUGGAGGAGGCCAAACUGGGCUCCCUCGUGGCGGCCUUCACCCCUCGUGUUGGGCCACCCGCCACCUCCUCCCUUCUGGGCCCGGCCACGGAGGGCACCCAGCGUGUUAACCUCAUGGCCCAGAGGCUCCAGGAACGCAUCAAGAAGCACGUCCUCCUGAGUGUCAACGUGCCCAGCGAAGACCUCAUGCUGGGGGUGGAGCAGCGCCUGGUGGAGGAGCUCUGUGUUGCAUGAAGGCCCAGCUCACCCCCUCCCUCCUCCCCUCCCUCACGCUAGGCCAUAGUCUCUUGCUCCUCCUCCUUGACACACUCCGUAGUUCAUCUUCAUUUUGAGGUUUUCUCAUCAGACACCCUUAGUUUUGUCUUUGUUUCUCUCCAUUUUACUCUUUCUUGCUUUAUGUGUUAUCUGAAACUCAGUUGUCGCCAUUUACUUUAGUUUUUGUUUGAAUACUAAAACUCUUGGCAAGGGAGCAAGUUUGAAUUGUUCCCUUCUGUGAAUUAUUGUUGUGACUCUUCCUUUCACUUCUUUGCUAACUGGGAAGUUGGUGAGGCAGCCCAGUUAGCAUCAACGAAAAGUUCUGAAAGAUGUCUGAUCCUGACUUUACAAAAUCACUGAAGUCCCACCUGACUACCUUUAGAGAAAGACUGAUAGAAAUCAUUACCAGUUCAUGUGCACUUCAAUCAAACAUCACACCCAGUUAAUCCUUUCCUAAAUUAUGAUAUGGAAGGGAGUUGCAGUUGCCCUCAUAGGGACAAGAGGUAGUGGUAUGUGUGUGAGUCUGAGCCGCGAGUGAUGCAGUGACUGUAGCUGUAACUAUAUAUUGUACAGAGUUAAACACUCACUAGAGCUAUAUUUUUUGAUAGGAGAGCUAGCUAUUCAUAGAAAGAAAAAGCUUGUCUGUCCCAUUACUAACAUAACUAGAACAAACACACGCCUUAAGAAAAUAACAAAACAGCAUUGCCACAGUUUAACAAGAACAACAACAGCAACAACACAGUUUCUCAUGCACCUAAUCUAUCCCAUUCUUGUAAUCGCCUGGCUAGUGGACCCAGAUCAAGACCCCAGCGUGGUGAGUCUCGGCCUUAGUGCACACAGACCCCCACCACCACCACCGCCACCACCAUCACCACCACCAACACAACCACAACCACCCACAGCCCCAUGGAAUGAAUCUCCGUCAGUCUGCCCGUCAGAGGAAUUUGUAAUACCGGCCUGGCUGCCCCGUCCCCCGCAUUGCCUGCUGCUGUGAGGGGGUGUCGCGUCCUUCCCCGCCCCUCCGGCACUCCUGUCGGGGCGGGGCGGCCGUGCAGCAUUGCCUUCACUGCAUACAGCUUACCAGAUUCUUCCACUCAUGCCGGAGAAUGAUCGACAGUUGGUUGCACAAGAUGUUCAGUCCACAAGCUUGGUGGUGCAUACAAGUGAUAACUGAAGUAUGAUAAUCGUAUGUACUCUUUAUCAGGGUAGAUAUUAAGUUCCUCCUUAUUAUUAUUAUCAUUAUUAUUAUAUUAAUUAUUAUUUUCAAACAGAUUUUUUGUAAUCUCCUUUAUAGAAGUAUUGUUUAUUUUUAGAAAUUCUGUAUAUUUGUCCUAUGCAAUAGGUGGUAUUGAAAGCCAGCAGUCUUUUUGCUUCCCGAUUCGUAGUGACUACCUCACAGGUGAUAGAUUAAUGAAAAGACAUUCCUUCCCUGUAGCCCGUGAAUUUGUAGGCAGCUCAGGAAACACAGGGGGGCGGCAGCGGCGGCGCUGCCCCGGCAGACAGACAGCCAUCCAACCUUGUCUUCUGACAACUGACGGGUUGCACAGAGGCAAGGCGGCGCUCAUGGCUCAGUCCCUCCAGGACAGGGCUUGUUCCUGCGCACCUGUGUGCGUGUGUCUAUCUGGGCAGCGCCUCUCCUGCCGCCCCUGACUCCCAGCCUCCCCCCACCCAGACCAGACCCGCCAUACACUGACCCUGUGCCACCUCGCAGCCCCCCGGCCAGCGCUGGGUGUCGUGGAGGCCGCGGGGGAGGCUCCGCUGGGCUGCCACGCACGGAGGAGAGUAUUACAUAGAGUCUUCCUUUGCGCGCCCCGGAGCCUCUCCCACGGCCAUCCCUGUGCCAUGGAGAGAUGCGCGAUGCGGCAGCAGGGGGCCAUCACAGCGGAGAGCCCUCGUCUAUCAGUAUUAUCAAUGGCUUGUGAUAAUAAGGCUACUUCCCCGCCCUCUGUUAGGAGUAACCCGUUCCUGGUCUCGCUGUGAUGGUCCCUCCUCCCCCCAGUGCCGGCCACCCAACCCUCCCUCCCUACCACCUCCCUUUCCCCCACACCAGCCCCACCACCCUGUAGCCCUCCACCGUUCCCCAGUGCUGUCUUCGUGUGUAGGAGCAGUUCCGUCCCAGCUGAUGCAAAACACUCCAAGAACGGUCUUUGCGCUUCUUGCAAUCUCGUGACUUCAUGCUGUCACGGUUUGUUUCAUUUGGUGUUGGCUGGGAUAUCGUCCUGUUUCAUUAUUGUGCUUGUAUCCUCCUCCUCCCCCAUAUACACCUCCACCUCCACUCCCACCCCCCACCACCACCACCACAACCACUACCACCAGUUCCUCUUUCCCUCUGAGUCCAAGGUCACCCCUGGCGGCCUGCACGUGAGACACACUCCUCCCCAGCUUCACGUUACGUCGUCCUCACGUCGCCUCAGGGCACAGGUUUCGCUCCCCGGUAACGUGGGUCCUAAGAUACAGCCUCCCUCGUCCUCGCACACUCGUGAUACGUUAGUGUCUAGUUGGUUCUUCUUAUGCAAUCAUACGAGAUAGACUUUCCUUUUAUUAUAUUAGUAUCUGCUUUGCGUCUCCCAGUGGUCACACCCCGACCGCAUCAGGAGGAUAUGGUCGGAGGUCGUGGCGUUGAUGACAAUCAUUACGUUUGUCAAUCCCACUCCUGUAGGUUAACAACGAGUCAGAGAAAUUGUGAUGCGGGUGUGGGGGUGAAAUCGACCCCUCGCCCCUCCUGGCUUUUCUAGUUCGGUGCGAGGCGCCGCGGGAGGUCUGUCGUGAAGUGUGAUAGUGUCAAAUGCUAGUCUGACGGCGGGGAGCGUAGCCUCGUCCCACCACCCUCUACCUCCUGCCCAGUGUGUCCGCCAUCCGUCCGCCCUCCCCACGCCAAAAUAUUGUGAAGGUUAUUUUUUGUGAGCACGGAGCGGCGUGCGUGGCUGGGCGGCAGGUGGUAUGGCGUCGCGGCAGGGCCCAGGCCAGCUGAGGUCAGGUCGCGGCGCCGGACACCAACCAUUCCUACCAGAGCCCAGACCCACGAGGGUCUGAGGCAGCCAUGUAGCAACCCAAGUUCCUCGCCUAAACAGGUUCCUCUCCCUUACAGUACCCCACCCCUUGAGCUCCACCAGUAUUUUAUUUUGCACUCCUUGUGCCCAAUCUCUUGUAUGAUAAGCUGAUGCCAGACUCCAGUCGCAGGCGAGCGGCAGCCCCCCGACGCAGCCCUGUGGCGGGUGGCUGCCGCAGCGCCUGUUUGUUUAAACACUUAGAUGAUGCCAAUACGAUGCAUGAGUGGGAUAGCAUUAUUUUCAUAAUGGUUCUGACCAAAUACCUUGAAGGUAUUUCUUGGCCAAGUACUGAACAUUCCUUUGCUUUACACGAGAAACAAGUUAAGUGCAAAAAUUUAUUUCAUUCUCUUGACUAGGAGAGAACUAACUCCUUCUGCUAUGCACAAGUUAAUAUUGCACAUUGGAGCAUUUGGCACACAUAGUAUAUCGAGGUGGGAGAGUUGCCUCCUGUGAUAGGCAUUUGUUUUUCAACUGAUGUACUCGCAUGUGCGUGCCACGGACCACCCCUGGUGAGGUAGAGCCUUGGCUGACGGCGCGGGGGCAGGGUCGGCGCCCCCCGCUCCGGCCCUGCCCCCGCUAAAGGGCCCAGCACAGUGCCUAAGGGCCUGCCCAUUAUGCAAACAUAUUUUGAAUUAAGCAAAGCAAUAUUAUGUUUUGUCUAUUGCUGUUAUUGGAGACAGAUGGUUAUUCUGUGAAUUUUGAACAAAAAUAGUAAUCAUUUUGUACAUGGUAAGAGAAGAAGACUAGAUGCUGAAAUUAUUCACUAGAAAAUUAUGUGCUAUUUUUAGAGAGUCUCUAGUUUGUGUACUUUGUUAUAUAUCUGGAUGAUGUAGUCUUGUACGAGGUGUAUGAAGUGUAGGGUAAUGAGAGUGUCGUGAUCAUAGUUAGCCUAGGCGGAACAAGGUAGGGGCUAGACAGUGCUGAACUGAUAUACAUAUAUGCAACCUGUAGUUUGAAAUACUCAAAAAUAAAGAUCAGAUCAGACAAUAGUG